AUGGCUUUCAAGCGCAAGCGCUCCGCCUCCGAGCUCACCACGCUCUUCAACUCCCCCGCCCGCUCCGACUCGAGCGUCGAAUCCUUCGACUUCCCCGUCUCCCCAAGCCUCGCGUUCCCUCGCGCCUUCGCAGCACCUUCGCACCUCUCGAGCCGGACGAUGAAGCGCUUUCGUAACAACAGACCGUCAGAGGAGGAAGUUCACCAACGGACUCUCAAGAUGCUCUACUCCGCUCAGCAACAAAACCAACCCUCCGUCGAAGAGCACGCCCCGGCUCCCGCCCCGGCCCCGGCCGCGCGCAACACGCAAAAGUCCCUCCACAGCUUCUGGAACAUCAGCUCAGCAGCGCCCGCCUUAUCAAGAACCGCCAGCCCGCCCGUGGACCAAAUGGCGCUUAACCCUACAAGUUGCGAUGACUGCGGCGUCGGACUAGGCUCGUCGGGCGAUGCAGACGGGAUGGAUGUCGACGGCGAUGACGGCUCGUGCGGCGCGUGCGGGAAGCAUAUCGGUGUCGCAUCCUUCAAGCUCAAGAAACUAUGGGACGAACUCCAGGAGGUCCCGGAACAGCUGGCAGACUGGGUCGCCGAACUUCAAUUCUGGCAGUGUAUUGCCCUCCAAAUAGGCGUGCACAUCUAG